UACAACCGGAUUAGGGAAGAUCAAUGUUAAUUGGUCCUGAAAUCAAGCUAGCGUCUAUCAUUUCACGCCCACAUCGUGGUCCAAGUAUUCACUCUCAGGAUGUCUGAUCACAUUCUUCUGGAUCACAUAGUUUCACAGACUAGGCAGAACAUCGAGCUGUUAAUCUCUCACAACAGAUUAUCCCCAUCGGAUGGCCGCGAUAUUCUACUCAAGCUUCCUAGCACUGGAGUGGCAGGAUCCAUGAUAGCCAUCACACAGCAAACGCAGCGCCUUUCACUAUCUCCGGCGCCCGCUCAGAGUAUGAUCAAUAAUAAUAAUGGCUUGCGUGUGUCGCCAAAGGUAGAAGCUCGUGCGAUCUGGGAUUGGACAAGCGAGGAUCCCAAUGAUCUAUCAUUUACUGCAGGAGAUAUAAUAGAAAUCGUGAAGGAGACAAACGCAGAUUGGUGGACAGGCAGAAGCAAGACGGGGAAGCAGGGCCUAUUUCCUGCCACAUAUGUGGAGAGACUGGCUUCGCGAUCUGUUUCUCCACCGGUGUCUUUCCCUGAAUUUCCAAAGACAAGGACAUCGUUGGAUUCAAAGUAUGGUUUGGCUUCGGAGCCCAAGUAUAUGCCUCCAGGUCUCCCGGGCCCUCCGCAGUAUUCUUCACCACAGCCUGUGGUGCAGCAGUACCCCCCACCCCCUGGUCCUCCAGUCGGUGGUUAUCAUCCUCCUGGUCCUCCGGCCGGAGGUUAUCCGCCCCCUUCCGGGCCUCCUGGGCCUCCUUACAAUCCUUAUCCGGGAAAUCCUCCAGUGGCUCAGCCAGUUCCUCAGCAGCCCCCAAAGAAGGGUCGUUUCGGUAAUCUUGGCGCUACGAUGGCACAGUCAGCUGCUGGUGGUCUUGGGUUCGGUGCAGGUGCUGCCAUCGGUGGUGAUAUAGUGAACUCAAUUUUCUAGACUUCGUGCGUUACUAAGCUUACACAAGUACAUUCAUUCGUGC